AUGUACAUUAAGGAGAAUGGAGAGUGCAGCAUUUAUCUACUCGUUUACGUAGAUGACAUGCUGGUAGCAUCCCAAGACGAGAACGGGCUGCAACAGACCAUCCGGUGUCUCAGUGAUGAGUUCGAGCUGACUUGUCUUGGAGAUGUACAUCAUUUCCUCGGUAUGGAAGUUCGUCGAGAUGAGAAAGGCUACACCAUCGGUUUAAGACGAUACAUCGAAGACCUUCUAUCGUCUUAUGGGUUGAGUGAUGCAAAGCCAUCAAAAUCACCGAAGAAUCCAGGGUACCUCAAGGUCGAUGAUAAAAGUGAAGCGUUAAAGGACCCUACGAAGUACAGGAGUGUAGUGGGCAGUCUGUUGUAUCUGUCCGUAGUAGCUAAACCGAACAUUUCAACGAGUGCUUCAAUUCUUGGAAGAAAGGUUGCCGCACCUACGGAGUAUGAUUGGACAGCCGUCAAGCAGGUCCUACGUUAUCUACAAAAGACGAAGGACUACCGCUUGCAUCUAGGAGGAGCAAACGACGACCCACUGUUAGGUUAUUCAGACGCUGAUUGGGCCGGCGAUCUACAAAGUCGAAGGUCAACGUCUGGAUUUGUCUUCAUGUUCAGAAGAACAGCCAUAUCAUGGGCCAGCCAUAGACAGACAAGCGUAACUUUGUCAUCUAUGGAAGCCGAGUACAUGGCACUCAGCGAGGCUUGCCAAUAG